GUUUUAUUUUUUUUGAUGAACUUUGUAUUUUGCAAGAGUGAUGAAGAAUACGUCAACACCACUGAUGGCUCCUAUUUCUUCAUAUUCGCAGAAUUCCAAGAUUCACCUGAGAAGACAAUGGCACCAACAAAUUUGGCUGUCUCAGCUGAUCAUGAAAAGACUCUGCUAAAGACCAGAGCAAAAGACAUUUUCAGCCGACGACAUAAAACUGAAGAGGGUCUCGAAAUACGAAAACUGGAGAUGAAUGUGGAACACAAAAAUGAUAAGGAUAAGGUGCAGAAGAUGUCUCUUGGACAGAAAACAAAUAGGCCAACAAAGGUGAUUCUCUUAGUGGGUGCCACAGGUACUGGAAAGACAACUCUCAUCAAUGCCAUGGUGAACUAUAUAUAUCGGAUUGACUUCACUGACGACUUUAGACUGGUUCUUAUUGACGAUAAAAAUGCCCCUAAGCGCUCCCAGGCAGAGAGUCAGACAGAUCUGAUCACAGCUUAUGCAUUCUACCAAUUACCAGGAAUGCCCUUCGAGUACAAUUAUGUGCUCAUUGAUACUCCAGGUUUUGGAGACACCAGAGGCAUUCAGCGUGAUCGUGAUAUGAUGAAACAGCUUGAAAUGUUUCUGAAGCAAGAUUAUGGGAUUGAUCAGGUUGAUGGAGUUGGUUUUGUUACUCCUGCUUCUGCUGCAAGAUUGACUCAGACUCAGAGGUAUGUCUAUGAUGGCCUUUCUUCAAUGUUUGGUAAAGAUAUUAAGGAUAAUAUUUAUAUUAUGGCUACAUUUGCUGAUGCAAAGACUCCUCCUGUGUUAGAUGCACUUAAAGAAGCUGAAGUACACUACUCUGGAUUUUACAAGUUCAACAACAGUGCACUCUAUGCUCGUAACAC